AUGGAUCCUUCCUCGACGACAGAUUCGGUGCUUACGCUGGCACUAGCGAACCAAACGCGCUCCCUACUCGCCGAGUUGGACACGCGCCUCCACUCCAUCGACGCCAAGCGGGAGACUCAGGAGAGCGCUCUCGAGUCCCGGUCGGCUGAAGCCGCCCAAUCCAUGGCGGAUUUCUCCACCAACCUUCGCACACACGUUGCAGCACACUUGACCGCCGCAGAUGCUGCCGUCGACGCCUUGUUGGGUCAGAUCGAAGCUGAUGCGGUCACUCGGGUCUCCACCGCGUCUGCCAGCACGCCGCCAACCCCGGCUGUGGCCGUUGGGAUCGCCAUCGUCGCCGACAACUGGGGCGGGGGUUUCGACGGAGGUGAGGACUCAAUCCAGCAGCACUACACCGUGCCAUCCAUCGUCGCCGACAAUUGGGGCGGGCUCUUCGAUGGCGAUAACUUUGUUGCCAAUGCCCUCGACGCCAUCCCCACGGACACGCUCAGCCGCCUCACCUGCCUCGCCCGCCGCGAGGCCCGCGACCAUGCCGCCCUCCAGGAGCUCGAGUCACCACCAAUGGACGAAGUCAUGCGAGCCUGUGACGCCUUCCUCCUUCCAGUUGGUGGGGACCAUUUCAUGCCAGUGCUACGUGGCGCUCUAUUCGUCAUCUGCUCCAGCUACGUCAGUUUGUUCCAGCUGCCCGUCAACUUCGCUGUCUCGAGCAGAGGAACGCGCCGACUGCUGUGUAGCACCUGCUCCGAAGUUCUCUCCUACUCUUACAGGAACCCUGCCAGGAAGAAGAUGCAGCUGCAGUCACCAUUUGGGGGCGACGCGUACAACACCGAUGAGUUCGAGCAGGCGGAUCCGGAGUCCUAUUCCGAGGAGUACGAGCUCUCAUUCGGCAUCAGCCACUCGAUCAGCACCGAGGACGGAAUUCUUACUACCAUAUCAAUCUCGACAUCCACAAUCCUCCACACAUCACUGGUACAUACACUUCCAGGUGCUUCAGUUCCAAGCCUUGCCGUGCUGAGCUUGAUGUCUCUGGUGCAUGCCAGCUUAGGUGCACAUCAGGUGUUUGAGGAAUUGUCAUCCUGCACCGACAACGUCUUCACCAAUAGCAUCGGCUUCACACCCGCGCUCAUGGCUUAUGGUAUUGAUAUUCGUGUAAUCCAUGCUGUCAAGUCAAGACGAAGUCCUGUUGGUAAGGUACUGACAAUUCUUCAAGCGAACUCUUUAUCCUCUAAGGAAGUUGAGAGGCGAUCAUGCAUUUCCUUGGAGGAAUUCAUAUGUAAUUACUUUUCGUGCGACACCCCCAUCAUAAUUAGUGGCACCAUCGAUCAUUGGCUUGCAAGAACAAAAUGGAAUGACAUUGAGUACCUCAAGGAGAUCGUUGAAGAUCAUAUUGUCGCUGUUCAAGUUGGGAAAAAUUACGUGUGUCGUGAGUGGAAGCAGGAGCUGAUCACAUUUUCUCAGUUGCUGGAUAGAAUGACGUCAACUGUCUGUUCAUCAAACUUGACAUAUCGUGCUCAGCAUCCAUGGUUUGAGCAGUUAAAAGAGCUCAGUGAAUACAUGAUGGUUACCGAAUGCUGUUACGCUGGUGCAGGGGAACUCCAAUCACUUAAUGCUUGGUUUGGUCCAGAGGAGACAGUGGCACCAUUGCACCAUGAUCCACAUCACAACAUCUUAGCUCAGGUCUUGGGCAAGAAGUAUAUUAGAUUCUAUCAUGCUGUCAUAGCUGGGGACUCGUAUCCACACAUAGAGACUAUGCUAAGCAGUGCCAGUCAGGUAGACCUUGACAACAUUGAUUUGAACGAGUUUCCAACGGUUGAAAGCCUGGAAUUCAUUGACUGCAUAUUGGUAGAGGGCGACCUGCUUUACAUCCCUCCUAAAUGGUGGCACUACGUCAGAUCUCUUCCCACCAGUUUCUCGGUUAGCUUUUGGUGGCACUACAAGGUUGUUGACUACUGGCUCGACCGUGGAAAAUUUGGGUUUGAUGUUUAUAAGUAUAGACUGCUGCGCAUUGAGGGCCAAGAACCCAUGGGUACUGUGAAUUAUCGAGUAGCUGACAGCAGCCUUAGAUGUGUCAAGCUAGUAGUUUCUUUGCAACACUUACCGAGCACUGGUAGUAGCUCUGGUGAUUGUGCUAUCUCGCUGAGAAGAUGGCUCAAGUUACCAAGUGCAACAUCACAUGAAGCAUCAACAUCACUGGACUCAGAGGUUCAUUCGCGUACCAAUUCAGGUGUUGCAGACCCGAGGAGUAACAAAAGAUCAUCGCCAAGUGCAGCAAUAAGUGCUGGUGGAAUGGUUCUCAAGGCAAUUGUUAGCUACAGCUAG